CCUUCCUCCUUUCUCUUCCUUUUCCAUGGUAGACCCAGGCCAAGCCAACCCCUCUCUUUCCUUCUUUUCUCCCUUUCCACAUAUUUUCAUGGAAGUGGAAGAACCCAUUAAUUAUUUCAUAUUUCAGUAGUUAGUAUGUGAAUGAGAGAGAAAGUUGGCUUCUUUUUGCUCCAUUGCUAAAGCAAAGGCCUUUCAAAGUUGUGGUCUUCGAAAAUACAUAUAAGGUACUUGGUUUUUUGUCCCCUUUGCUCUUUAGCUUUUAAAUGGUUUUAGGGUUCCCUUGCUGGGUUUUUAUUUUUAACUUUUUAACAUAUGGGUGUUGGUGGGAUUUUGGAUCCAAAGGUGGUGACUUCCAUGUUCUUUUAAGUUGUAGAAAUCAGUUUGUUGUUGAUGGAGUUGAAGAUGAAGGUAACUUGGACCGCCAGUGAAUCAAACCUUGUAUCAAUGGCUGGUAGCAAGUAAUGGUUUGUGUAGUCAAAUCUGUGUAAAAAAUUUGCCUUGUUUCGAUGGCCUCGAAAUCCGGCACCAGACCUUCACAAACAGCCGAAGGUAACUCUCGCAGGCCUUCUCCUAUACAAAUCCCAAAGACGAGCAAAUCAGAGCUCGUUACACCAUCGAAACCUCAUAAAUUAGAGUCCGUUGAUUCCUUGACGGAGAAAGUAGAUUCGGAUCUAUCUUUGAGUGCUCCGAAAGAAGUUCAAAAUCAUGUUGGUUCUGGAUUAAGUCAGAUUGGUGAACAAGAGAAGAAAGCAUUGGAACAUGGAAGUAAUUCAGCUUCGGCUAAAUCCAGUGAUGGGGCCACUGGCGUUGUCAAGGUUAGUGGUGGUGCCAAAGUCGGUGAUCGUCCGGAUUAUAUUGAGAGUGGUAAGAGCAGUAUGUGUAGAGGUAGUACAAGCAGUGAUGUGAGCGAUGAAAGUACGUGUAGCAGCUUAAGUAGCAGUAUCAACAAACCUCAUAAGGCAAAUGAUAUAAGGUGGGAAGCCAUACAGGCCGUCCGAGCAAAAGACGGUGUAUUGGGUUUGAACCAUUUUAGAUUACUGAAGAGAUUAGGCUGCGGAGAUAUCGGAAGUGUCUAUCUUUCGGAAUUAAGUGGAACAAAGUGUUAUUUUGCAAUGAAGGUGAUGGAUAAAGCAUCUCUAGCAAGUCGUAAGAAACUUCUUCGAGCUCAAACAGAAAGAGAAAUACUACAAUCCUUGGACCAUCCUUUCCUUCCAACAUUGUAUACGCAUUUCGAGACUGAUAAAUUUUCGUGUUUAGUGAUGGAGUUCUGCCCUGGAGGUGAUUUGCAUACACUACGACAAAGACAACCAGGAAAGCAUUUUACCGAGCAAGCCGUAAAGUUCUAUGUAGCAGAAGUUCUCCUUUCUUUGGAAUAUCUCCACAUGCUUGGUGUUGUUUAUCGUGAUCUCAAGCCGGAAAAUGUUCUUGUUCGAGAAGAUGGACAUAUAAUGCUUUCGGAUUUUGAUCUUUCCCUUCGUUGUACUGUUAGUCCAACACUAAUAAAGUCAUCCACACUUGAGUCUGAACCCUUGCGAAAGAAUUCGGGUUAUUGUGUACAACCAGCUUGCAUCCAGCCAUCAUGUGUCGCCCCUACGACAUGUUUUUCACCCCGUUUCUUUUCAUCAAAAUCCAAAAAAGAUCGGAAACCCAAGAACGAUAUGGGGAACCAAGUCAGUCCAUUGCCCGAGCUUAUUGCGGAGCCAACAAAUGCUCGCUCCAUGUCAUUCGUGGGAACCCACGAGUACUUGGCACCUGAAAUUAUCAAAGGUGAGGGACAUGGAAGUGCUGUUGAUUGGUGGACAUUCGGGAUCUUCUUAUACGAGCUAUUGUUUGGUAAAACUCCUUUCAAAGGGUCUGGGAACCGAGCGACCCUCUUCAAUGUUGUAGGGCAGCCCUUGAGGUUCCCGGAAUCACCGGUAGUAAGUUUUUCAGCAAAAGAUUUGAUAAGGGGCUUGCUGGUCAAAGAGCCACAGCAUAGGUUGGCAUACAAGCGAGGAGCAACGGAGAUUAAGCAACAUCCUUUCUUUGAAGGUGUAAACUGGGCUUUAAUCCGUUGUGCAAGUCCACCAGAGAUUCCAAAACCGGUUGACAUAGAACGGAUUCGAACCCCUACCUCAUCAGCCGGUGAUAAACCUUCUGUUCCUGCUGCUAAGGAUCAAAGUAACUAUCUCGAAUUCGAUUUCUUUUAAUUAUUUUCAGAACCAUUUUUCUUUUUCUUAUUUCGAGGGAAUGUAAGAGUUCAUGAUGAUGUGCAAAUUAGAGUUUCUAGAAAUGAUAAUGAUCAUAUAUGCUUGAUUGUCUUAA